AUGAAGUUCAACCGUUCUGUUGCUGUUGCCAUCCUCGCCGCUAUCCAGGGGACCUCAGCUCUUCAGGGUAUCAGACGCUCUCAGCAGCAGGAGGAACCCGAGCCUGAUUAUCCUGGAGCUGAUGGGGGAUACUCUGAUGCUACUAACAUGCUAGCUAAAGUCAGCAACAGUCAUCCGGUCGUGAAACAAAAGGGUAAAUUGCAAGCGCCGGGUACAAUUGUCAAGAGGGAGCACUUUAGACGAGGACUUCUGAAUGCAUUCAACACGCCAACCGAGGAUGACUUGAGGCGCAUCCCUGAGAGUACCAAGAAGUUGAUGGAGGAAGCUCAAUCGGCCAGGAAGGCGGAGUAUCGUUCGAUGACUGAUGCUGAGAAAAAAGAGCAGCUGGCCAGGAAGAAGAGGCUGGACAAGUCUUUGGCUUUGGGAGGGUCGGCAGCGGCCAAGGGUUAUUUGCAAAACCGUAUAGACAACGGCCUUGGAGACGUUUUUGAAGUCGAACCUGGAUUUAAUCUUGAGACUGAGAAUACUCAUUUCUGA